GUAAAUACAGAUACGUUAUCAGGCUUGGGCAUUUUCCUUCCCCUUGUAGUGCAAUCAUUUGACUGCGUCGCUUAAGAUUGGUGCAUUUAGAAACUAACUAACGUAUACGAAAAAUAAGUUUCAACACACAACAAAGCAAAAUGUCGUGCUAGCAGCAACAUUUUUAAGCACGCAACGACGAUCGACCAACGCGGCAAAACCAGCAGCGGUACUUAUAUCACAACGCUGCUGGAAAUUCGGGGGUCCGUCUCAAUCGCGCAACCGUCCAACUGGACCGUCUCCUCACUACGAAAAGACUGAAUAUUACAAACCGGGAACAAUGUCUGCGAAGGCGUCAAUCAUUCCACUAAUGCUGCUAGUUCUAGCGAUGGCCAACCCCGCUGUCUCUGCCCCCAAAGCGGCCGGCUUCGAGCUUAUCGUGCUGCACAACAACGAUAUGCACGCCCGGUUCGAACAGACCGGGGCUUACAGCAACGACUGUCAGCCGUCCGAUGUGGCCAGCAACCGCUGCUAUGGUGGAUUUGCACGAGUUGCACACAAAGUUCGAGAAUAUCGGGCGGCGGAGGCAUCUGGUGGGCUUCCAGUGCUUUACCUCAACGCCGGUGAUACCUACACCGGAACACCAUGGUUUGCAGUGUACAAGGACAAUAUAACGGCUGCCUUCCUCAACAUGCUAAAACCGGACGCUAUAUCACUUGGCAACCACGAGUUUGAUCUAGGAGUGGAUGGGUUGGUACCGUUCCUGAACGAGGUGGACUUCCCGGUGCUAGUAGCCAACCUUGACCUUUCGAACACGCCGACGAUGCAAAGCGCUACAUCACUGCGUCGUUCGAUCGUUUUCACGAAAUCCGGCGUCCAGAUAGGCGUGAUCGGUUACCUUACACCGGAAACGAAGCAACUGACGCCGGUCAAUACGGUCGAGUUUACGGACGAGAUCGACGCAAUCAACAAAGAAGCCGCGACAUUGAAGGAGCAAGGUGUGAACAUUAUAAUCGCCCUUGGGCACAGCGGACUGGAGCGCGACAAAGAGAUUGCAGCCGGGUGCCCCGAUGUGGACCUGGUGAUCGGAGGCCAUUCGCAUACGUUCCUCUACAGUGGCACAGCGCCAGAUGUGGACGUACCGGCGGCUCCAUACCCGGUGAUGGUGAAGAAUGCCGCCGGUAAGGAGGUGCCAGUCGUGCAGGCGUACGCGUACACGAAGUAUCUUGGGUAUUUGCAUCUGCAGUUCGAUGCCGAUGGUAACCUGGUGGAAUUGGACGGAAGCCCGAUCCUGCUCAACGGUACCGUGCAACGUGAUUCGGACGUGCUACAGCUGCUGGAAGUGUACCGACCGGGCAUCUUGGAGCUGGACGAACGAAUUGGAGACACGAACGUGUUUCUCGAUUCGAGCCGCUGCCGGUUCGAGGAGUGUAACAUCGGCAACAUGAUUGCGGACUCGCUCGUCAUCAUACACGCUGCGACUCGCACGAAUGCCGGCGACGGGUACUGGACGGACGCGGCGAUCGGUUUCGUGCAGGGUGGCGGUAUACGUGCAUCCCUCAACGUGGGAACGAUUUCCAAGAAGGACCUUAAAACGGUACUACCCUUCGGCAACGGGAUGGUGCUGACGGCGCUCAGCGGGACGAAGUUGCGUCAGAUGCUCGAGCAUAGUGUUUACCGGUACGACGGAGUGUCCGGCUACGGGGAGUUCCUGCAAAUGGCCGGUGUGCAUGUCGUGUACGAUCUAUCACGUCCACCGUUGGAUCGAGUGAUCGACGUUGAGGUACGUUGUGCCCGGUGCAAUGUUCCCACGUACGGCCCUCUGCAGGACGACGCACAGUAUGGCGUUCUCGUGAGUCAGUUUCUCUACGAAGGCGGCGACGGAUAUACUAUGUUUGCGGAAUCCGAGCGCGAACAGCUAGCGUAUGGGGAGUACGAAAUCACCGAAGAGUACCUGAAGCGCUACUCGCCCAUCUAUCCGGCCAUCGAGUGGCGCAUCCGUUUGGAGGGUCAACCACAACUACCACCGUCGGAAACGACCACCGUUGGGCCGGAAGGUACUACCAGCACGGUGGAAACCACGACCGAUGCAGGUGGUGGUGCUGGCUCGCUGCUUAGCCUAACGAUUUCCUCCCUUGGAAUGAUACUGUUGGCAGCACUGCCAGCGACAGUACGUUAUAUGUUGUAG